GCAUGACUAGUACUGGCACAAAGGGGUCGUGGCUCUCGCAGCCGACGGUGAAGAGCUUGCUGGUAUAUCGGAACGGGGACCCUUUCUUCCCGGGGCACCGCAUUGUCAUCAGUGAGAAGAAAGUGUCCAACUUUGAGGUAUUCCUGAAAGAGGUGACAGCUGGGGUGAAGGCACCCUUCGGAGCUGUGCGUAACAUCUAUACCCCCCGGGGUGGGCAUCGUGUCCGGCAGCUGGAGGAGCUUCGAAGUGGAGAGCAGUAUGUGGCUGGUGGCAGGGAAGCCUUCAAAAAACUCAACUAUUUGAACAUUGGAGAAACAAAGAAAAAACCUCCUGAAGCCAAUAGUGAGGUCAAGCCUGUUACUCACAGUCGAAUCACUGUGUCAGCCCGGUUUCGAAAACCACUCCAGGAGCCCUACACUAUUUUCCUGAUUGCUAAUGGAGACCUCAUUAGCCCUGUAGUACGCCUCCUCAUUCCCAGGAAAACACUGAAUCACUGGGAUCAUGUUCUUGAAAUGGUUACAGGAAAAGUUACCAUCAGAAGUGGGGCUGUUCACAGACUUUACACUAUAGAUGGAAAACUUGUUCAGAAUGGGUCAGACUUGGAGAAUGGGCAAAUUUAUGUUGCAGCAGGCAGAGAAAAGUUUAAGAAGUUGCCGUAUGGUGAUCUGCUAUUUCGCAAAUCUGUAAUGAGAAGGCCACAGGGUUCUAAAGUGUCUGCACUACCUCCAAUUGUGGGAUCUCGAAAGUCUAAAGGCAGUGGAAGUGAUCGGCAAUCUAAAUCAACCACUGGAUCCAGUGACCCAGGAGAAAACAGUUCCUCACCUCAGUUUCCCCAAAAGAAAGACAAAAGAAGCCAUAAUCCAGGGGAUUCUGUGUCCGGACGGCACUUUUCUAACAACUCUACUAAAGUAAAACAGACAGUAACAGCUUCCACAGGAGUCCUUCAAGAUAAUGGUGAAAAUAUUUUCAAAGCCAGUGGAGAUGGGUCUGAAAUCUGGGGAGCAGCUGAAGUGCAGGAAGAUGAAGAUACUCAUGUAGAAGUUCCACUGGAUCAGAGGCCAGCAGAAACUGUAGAUGAAGAAGAAAAUGCAGAAGAGGAAAAUGACUGUGGAGAGGAGGUAUAUAAAGGAGAAGAAGAGUAUCCAGAAGUGAAUGGAGGUGAAAGUGAGAAAACUGCUAAAGAAAGAAGUGAAGUGGAAGAAAACAAGAAAUUAAAUGAGAAUUACAAAGAUGAAGCAGAAGAAGCAGAAGAUACAGAAGAGGAUUCUGGUAGUCAGAACCAGGUUGAUUCCCAUCUUGAAAAAACAUCCACAGCUCCAAGGGUGACAAUCACCAGCCCACAGGAAAGUGAAAAAAACAGACCAGAGCAAUGACUACAGUUGCAUAGAUAGAAAAAAUGUAAUGAGCAAAAUUGAAAGAUUAUAAUACUUUAAAUAUAAAGCAUGUUAUUUUUUGGAAUUGAUAACUUGUAAUGGAAAGAUAGUUCCCACAUACUGAGUCUUGAAAUAGUAAUGCCAUAUGGACUGAUUUAGAAAACAAACAUUAAUAGCUACUGGAAGAACAUAGAACUAUUUUUACAGGGUGAGAUUUUCCAAAUGGAGGGGGGAAAUACAAGCGUACUGUAUAGUAGUGUUAGAAAUAAAUUAACUAUUCUAUGGUAUAAGAUGGCUAGCAGUAAUAGAAUAGCUGCAAAAAUGACACUGUUCCAGAAGAAGGAAAAGUCCAUCACCCUAAUUCAAUAUCAAAGCUUUUUUGCACAUUCGUUCGGAAAAGAGAAACAUUUUUUACUUUUAAUGAGGACAUGCAUAGUUUCUCCUUUAGAAUUCCACAAAUAUAUGUUUUCCAGGCAUAACAUUAAGAUAUAAUUAGAAUAUGUUCCUCAGUUAGUGGAUUUAUGCCCCUAAAAGCUGGUGUACUAUAAUGAGGUGUCAGUCCUAAUGUUACUAAAUAGUGGAUUUUUAAUAUAUUAAUUAGAAUUGUUAGUUUUUAGAUUCUAAAAUAAAUAGCUCAUAUUUAGCACUAUGAAUGUAUGUAGACAGCCCACAAUACUGCUGCUUGUUCUCAUUUACAACAUGAAUGUUGAUUGUCCUGCACCAGUUUACUAAACAGUGACUUGUUACCAUAGUGGGGAAAAAAAAAGUAGAAGAAAAGUAUUUAGCAGAUUAGUUUAAAGUUGAGUUUCAGUAGAUUUGUAAUCCAGUACUGUGUGAAACUUAAUUUAUUAAUGGGAAAAAAAAAAAAAAGUAGGAGAAUAGGCCUGAAUUCAGACUGAAAUUACCAUGAAACCAUUCCUAUCAAUGGAGCCAUUUAAAUAUGAAAUACAUUAGUAUGAGCCCUCCAGUUUUCUGUAAAAAUCGCAACAAUUGCUGCAUUUAUGAAUCCUUUAUGUAGCCUUAAUGGUUGAAAGUGUGUCAUCAUCUUUUGGAGUAAACUGGCUCCUUAUCAGCUGUGGCUUAAUUUGCAUUAGUAAAUAAGGCAUUGACCCACAGUAUUAGUUCUCUUAAUGACACCAAUUCUGUUACUCUUAUUGUUUCUCUAUUAGCAAUGGGGAUAAUUUGUAUUUUAUAGAAAUGCAGCCCUGAGCAUAAUUUCAUUAAUUAUACAAAAGAAAUAAUGAGUUUCCAUAUCAUUAAUGCUGAUAAAUUAUUACUAUCAGAAGCUAAAUGUCAUUUUUGUUGAUUUCAUGCCAUUAAGACAAAAACUACAUUUAUGAACAAAUUGAACUUGAAGCACUUUGAGGAAUGUGAAGAACCACUCUUCAUAACUGAAAUUCAUCCAUACAUCUUCUCUUUUUCAGCAGAAAAAGUUGAAUAUAUUUCCAAUAACUAUUGAAUAUAUUUUUCCAAUGGAAUAGAAACACAUAGAGGUCCUUCAGGAUGUUUCUAAGUAUUGGCAAUAUAAGUAUAAAAAAUAUAAUGUCAAAACCAAUAGGAACAGGGUUAGAAAAGUCUGUCCUAUGGCAUCUCAGAACUGCCUAUGAUUCGUGUCUCUUUUGUUGAACUGUCUGAGAAAGAUCUGAGGGAAUAUUGAGUUUGUGAUCAGUUCAAAAUAGGCUCCUAGCUUAGCCAAAAUCUUAAGCAUGUGUGCAUGCUUCAUUUGAUACAGCAAUUAAGCCUAUGCUCAAAUAUCUUAAUUUCACUGGGGUUUAAGAAGACAUUUAAAGUUAUGCAGAAGUAAAAAACAAUCAACCCAACCAACACCUCAGAAAAAAAAACCAGAAACAUUAUGAAUAAAAUAAUUGUAUGUUCUAGUAAGGAAAAAUGAAAGAAAUCCCUAGGUACCUUUAUAGUUAAUCCCGUACUGGAAUAAUAAUAUGCAGUAGCAUUAAAAGCUCUCAAACAAUACUUAACCAGUUAGAGAAGGCAGCUGUCUCCUCAGGGAGCUUAGGAGAAUUUACCUGCUGACACUUCUGUGCAAAGCUGACCUAGGAGACUGACUAAUGCUGCAUCUCUGCUCACUUUAAGCUGAAUAGCUCGUAUGCUUAUUAGCUAUUCAUGAGUAAGCAUGGUCUUAAAUGUGUUGCUGAAUCAAGACAAACAACAGUAAUCUUGUACUGACAUUACUCUGAAUGGGCUUUUCACUAGCAGUUAAUGGUGUACCAAAUACAGGACUCUUCUUGUUGUCAUUUUAUUGCAGAUUAGGACAUCAGCAACCUCUGAGAUGUUCUUCAUCCUCAGAAAUUUUAAGUUAAUUCAACACCCAAAAAUAUCUGAUGGAGAAAAUUAAUUUGGAGAACAUUUGCCUCAAAAUGUUGUACCUAGAAACAAUAUUUUGAA